AUUGGGAAUGGUUAGACACACACAAAGCCAAAAAUACAUUUAGUUUUGCUUUGUUGAACCGUGUAAGAAAAAUAUAAAUAAAUAGAGAAAUGGAGCCCAAUGAUGAGGUUGUGGAGCGCCAGAAGCUGGUGCCCAACGAUGUGGAAACCGAGGAGGAAGCGAAAUCAGCGCAAACACCUGCAACACCCGUCACUGUGCCAAAGAUCAAUCUUAAAGGUCUGUCGAGUGGCGAAACAACACGUAGCCGCAAUUCAGCCUCGUGCUCCAUCGAACGCACUAUAUCAGAGAAGGGCCAAGGACAACAGCAGGGUCAGCCCUCUGCUAAGACUACGUUGCAAUACGUCAAUGAGCGCCGGCCACGCCCACAUGCGCCCAACAGCGGGGCGGCCAAUGAAGAGCGAUUCGAGUUCAAGACGCGUCCGCGCAAGCUGCUGAAGGAUGGAAAUCCUUUAGAGCCAACGCACAGCAGCAGUCAGCAUAGUUUGAAUAGCAUUACGCUGGUCAGCAGCGAGUGGCUAACGCCAGAUGCACCCACACCUAACAAUAACAACAACAACAACAAUGAUAGCUCUAAAGUGAGCAACAACAACAACAAUAGCUCGACAAAGCCGCUGCCGCCGCCCUUGCAGCAGUUGCAUAUUCCAAUGGCCGAUCCAAGCAUUCACAGCGACAAGUUCGACGAUCGUCCAAUUAAACAUCAUUCCUUUGUCUCCGAAGUGCCCGAUGUGAAGCAUAUGGAGCGAGCGCUGCUUGGCCUGCUGGAUGACUUUCACUCCGGCAAGCUAAAGGCAUUUGGCUCUGGCUGCACCAUGGAUCAAAUGACCAAAAUACGCGAGCAACAGGAGAGCCUGGCUAAAUUGCAUUUCGAGUUGGCUGCCGCCGAGGAGGACUCGCUGGAGCACGGCAAGGAGUUCAACACGAGUCGAGCGCAGGAGAAUAUGCUGCAGCUGAUGCAGCGCCUGGAACAGCUGUCCAUUUCCAUUGAGCAGCUGCAGACGAGUCACACGGGUCUCUGAGAGUUGGACAAGGUGCCGACCGGCACGCUCUUUGAUCGCCUCCUGCUGCUGCUCUGAGARGUGUGCAGCGCCCACCCACCCACACUGGUGUACAUAAGUUCUUUUUGUGUUGAAAUGACAUUUUUAUAAGAUUUUUAUAAGCUUCCACUUUUUGUAUAAGAGUUAGGCGUGAUUGUGUCUGAGAACUUAGUGUUACAAUUACCUGCUAGAGCAGAUAACAUACAUAUAUAUAUGCAGUCACAUCACAUAUAUAUGCACAUGCGUGCAUAUGUGUGUGUGGUAUAUACCCAACUUGUAGCGUAGUGUAGUUGAGCAGCUUUCGCUCUCCCCAAUUGACAAGCUUCGAUUUUACUGAAAUCUAUUUCGAUUCAUUACUUGUUUAUCCUUUUUGUUGUAGCUAUUAGCAAUAUAUACAUACAUA